AUGUGCCUGUCAUCCCGUGCCAAGAGCCUUUCUCCUUUCCACAGGGUGCUCUGGAAAUUGCAGUAUUUGCUAAAUCCUCGGCAGGUGUUCAACCUGAAGGAUGGUCCGGAGCAAGGGCUCAGAUUUUUCAAAGAUGUUCCUCAAUUCCGGGUAUUGGUGUGUGGUGGAGACGGCACCGUAGGCUGGAUUCUAGAGUCCAUUGACAGAGCCAAGUUGCCUACUGUGCCUCCUGUUGCCGUGUUGCCCCUGGGCACUGGAAAUGAUCUGGCUCGUUGCCUAAGAUGGGGAAGAGGUUAUGAAGGUGAGAAUUUGGGAAAGAUUCUCAAGGAUAUAGAGAUAAGUAAGGUGACAUAUCUCGACCGAUGGUCUCUGGAAGUGAUACCCCAUCAAAAUGAAGAAAAGAGUGAUCCAAUCCCCUCUCAAAUCAUCAAUAACUACUUCUCCAUUGGCGUGGAUGCUUCAAUUGCUCACCGAUUUCACAUCAUGCGAGAGAAAUAUCCUGAGAAGUUCAAUAGCAGAAUGAAAAACAAGCUAUGGUAUUUGGAAUUUGCAACAUCUGAAUCCAUCUUCUCAACAUGCAAAAAGCUGGAAGAGUCUUUGACAGUUGAGAUCUGCGGGAAGCCGCUGGAUCUGAGCAGCCUGUCUCUGGAAGGCAUCGCAGUACUGAACAUCCCGAGCAUGCAUGGUGGCUCCAACCUCUGGGGCGACACCAAGAGGCCUCCUGGGAACACCUGUGAGAUCAACCAGGCCUUGGGCAGCACCGCCAAAAUAAUUACAGACCCCGAUAUCUUGAAAACCUGUGUCCCAGACAUGAGUGACAAGCGGCUGGAAGUGGUAGGAAUAGAAGGUGUGAUUGAGAUGGGCCAGAUCUAUACCAGGCUCAAGAGUGCAGGACAUCGGUUGGCCAAGUGCUCUGAGAUCACAUUCCAGACCACAAAAACCCUCCCUAUGCAAGUUGAUGGGGAGCCCUGGGUGCAGGCGCCCUGUACGAUCAAGAUUACCCAUAAGAACCAGAUGCCUAUGCUCAUGGGUCCAGUCUCCAGCUCCUGCAAUUUCUUUGGCUUUUGGAGCUGAGUGUACCCUCUGCCUUGAGUCCACCUCCGUGUUCCUGGAGCUCUCCCUCUAGGCUCUGUACAUUGGUGCCACACUCUCCUGCCAGCCCAGAAGGAUGCUCCAUUACUUUCACAGUAUUUAUUAUCCUGCAUCCAGCUCACACACACACAUUCAUACACAGGCAACAAUGCAUAGCAUUGAAAGUGCCUCACCUAAUAAACUGAUACUUUCCUUCA